UUUAUGUUUUGCUUUUUAAAAAAAGAUCAAAACACCCCUUGAUAACAACAACAAUAACAACAACAACAAGUGGUUUGCUACCCGAGAUGAAUAGUACAUGAAUAAGAACAUUCAUUUAAAAUCAUUAUUGUUAUAAUGAUCACUGUUCUCAUCUAUGAAGUCAACAUUGUUUCAUUGGAAUAUACAUUUAUCCUGUGCUAAUAAUUUAAAAAUAAUAAAUACAGGAGGGGGGAAGCCCUAAAAUUAUAUUUAUUUCAGUGUUCCCCCCAAUUAUUCCACCUCUUUUUUUCCCUUUGAGUUUUACAUCUCCUCUUUGCAUGACUUAUUGGAUUGUAGUGGUCUGUAUGUCAAAUUCUGCCAGAUCGUGAUGCCACAUCAGCCAUCUUGCAGACUUUUAACAGUCCCCCUUUCCUGGGAUGUGUACACAAAAAACAUCAUUAUCAAUUUUCCCUUUCAGGCUCUGGUUUCCCUGAAACUUUCUGGGAAUCAGAUAGUCGUGUUACCUUCUCCUGAGAAAUGGUCUUGCCGGUUGUUGAAAUCUUUGGAUCUCUCCAAGAAUCAACUUGGAAAAACUGAGGAAGGGACCAAAACUAAAUGGAUUCCAUUAUUCUCUACAAGGAACAGAACGUGCGUUGGCAGUGAGAUAGAAUAUACCCUACAGUUUCCUGAAUUCCUGGCCGAUACAUUGGAAGUCCUCUAUCUGAAUGACAAUCAACUAGACUCCGUCCCACAGUCGGUUUGUCUCCUCAGAGGGCUGUCAGAACUCUACUUAGGAAAGACCCAAGACCAUUUUAGCUUAUUUACGCGCCCAGCUACGCAAAGCAGAGAGAUGUAAUGUGAUGAAAAUGGUGGUGGUAGGUCCUCCCCGACAGGGAAAAUCCACCUUGGUUGAGAUCCUGCAGACAGGGAAACCUUCUCUUUCAAUGCCUGACAAUGCCACCAUCCGGACCACAAGAUGGGAGCUCCAGAGACCCGCUGGAUUCAAAUCCAAGGUUGACGCCGUUGAGUUGAACGUCUGGGAUAUCGGCGGCCCCUCCACCAUGUCAACAGUCAACCAGUGCUUCUUCACAGAUAAGGCAUUGUACAUUGUCAUCUGGAACUUGGCCCUGGGAGAAGAAGCUGUGGCAAAUCUUCAGUUCUGGUUACUCAGUAUUGAGGCCAAGGCUCCAAAUUCAGUUGUGCUGGUGGUAGGGACGCAUCUGGACCUCAUUGAAACAAAAUUCCGUGUCGAGAGGAUUGCCACCUUAAGAGCCUACGUCCUGGCUCUCUGUCGAUCUCCCUCCGGCUCAAGAGCCACUGGUUUUCCAGACAUCACAUUGAAGCAUUUGCAUCUCCGCUUCUUUGAAAACAAGAGGGUGACCAAGACCAGAAAUAAAAGUUCUGUAAUCUACAGCUUUACGGGCACACAAAGAAACAGAUGCAGCACAUUCCGUGUUAAAAGAAAUCACACAAUUUAUUGGCAAGAGGGAUUGUUUGUCUCCUUCGAUGGAGGCUAUUUGAGCGUGGAGUCCUCUGAUGUGAAUUGGAAGAAGAAGAAAAGUGGUGGCAUUAAAAUCAUCUGCCAGUCAGACGUGAGGGAUUUUUCAGCCAUGGCUUUUAUCACUGAUCACGUGAAUUCUUUGAUCGACCAAUGGUUUCCUGCCCUCACUGCCACCGAGAGUGACGGGAGUCUACUGAUGGAGCAAUAUGUACCUUGCCCCAUCUGUUCAACCACAAAGGCCCAGGAUGGAGAGGACAACCCCAAAAAAGAAGAUGGACAGUACUUCAAUAUGGAAGACUGUUUUCUCACAGCUAUUGAACAAGACCACAUCACCUGUGCCCAGCACCCAGAUCUACCUGUCCCUUUACAGGAGCUGGUCCCUGAACUUUUCAUGACGGACUUUCCAGCCAGAUUAUUCUUGGAAAAUAGCAAACUGGAAUACGUCGAAAAUGAAAACAGUAUCCUCGGCCAAGGAGGAAGUGGGACAGUUAUCUACCGGGCACAGUAUCAAGGGAAGCCGGUAGCCAUCAAGCGUUUUCAGAUUAAAAAGUAUAAGACUUCUGCCAAUUCAGCAGGAGACACCAUGCUGAGGCAUCUGCGGGCAAUGGAUGCCAUGAAGAGCUUCUCGGAAUUCCGCCAAGAGGCCAGCAUGCUCCACUCACUGCAGUACCCCUGUGUGGUCUCCCUGACUGGGAUCAGCAUCCACCCGCUCAGCUUGGCCUUAGAACUGGCUCCUUUGGGCAGCCUGACCACUGUACUCGCAGAAAACUCUAAAGGAGCUCCCUUUGUGCCUCUGGGGCCUAUGCUGACCUUCAAGAUCACCUAUCAGAUUGCCGCAGGCCUGGCCUACCUUCACAAGAAGAAAAUCAUUUUCUGUGACUUGAAAUCCGACAACAUCCUCGUGUGGUCUUUAGACGUGAAGGAAAGCAUCAAUAUCAAACUGUCCGACUAUGGGAUUUCUCGGCAGUCCUUCCAUGAAGGAGCUUUGGGGGUGGAGGGCACUCCUGGCUAUCAGGCUCCAGAGAUACGACCUCGCAUUGUUUACGACGAAAAGGUGGACAUGUUUUCCUAUGGAAUGGUGUUGUAUGAGCUGCUGUCGGGGCAACGACCCAUCCUGGGACAGCAUCAGCUGCAAAUUUCAAAGAAACUCUCCAAGGGGAUUCGGCCCGUCCUGGGCCAGCCAGAAGAAGUACAGUUCCACCGACUGCAGGCUCUCAUGGUGGAAUGUUGGGACACCAAACCUGAAAAGCGGCCCCUGGCCAUUUCGGUUAUAGGACAAAUGAAAAGUCCUUCCUUUGCCACAUUCAUGUACUUCUUGCCCUGUGGGAAACAGUCUGUCUUCUCUUCCCAAGGACAGGACCACACCGUAGUAUUCUGGGAUGAAAAGGAAGAUACCAG